AUGGCUUUGGCUGUGAGAAGUCUGUUGAAAAAGGAUCUUGAAAACGUAACGGGCGUUACUGAUUUUAAAGUGAAAAAAUUCUUGAAGAUUCACAGAAACCCUGGAACGUUUUGCGAAUUUGAAUUUAAGUCCGAUCUUGGAAAAGAAAGAGUCGAAAAUGAACUUGACAACGCCCUCGACAUUUGCAUGGAAAAAGCGUCGAUCUUGAACCUUCGACAGAACAUGAGCCUCCUGUUGCCUGGUGUAGAAUGGAAGGAUCUCUUUGCUGAUUACAACAAUUCUGAGUACAGAAGAAUAAAAACAGCAAUAGAAGAUGCUCUUAACGAAUUCUACCAAGACAAAGACGACGUCGUGGAUUUUGAGGUCGUUUCGCUCGCUAAAGCAAAUGACGGAUGGACCUUAGCGAAGGUGGAGUACUAUCUUUUGGUUUCAUCAGCUACCAACGCAACAGGAAAAGAAUUGCAAGACACACUUACAACGUUUACAAAAAGUAACACGUAUGAAAAGACGUUCCCUGAUGCCAAGCGAACACACGAAAAACGAAAUACUGCUACUGAGAGUAGUGAGAUGGAUAAAGAGAACCAGAGGAGCAAAUUGACAAUAAGCUUGAUUGUGGUGGCAGCGAUAACCAUUUGUGCAGUGAUGAUACUCUUCCUUAUUGUGGUAAGUUCAUUCAUAAAUUCCCAGCUCGAAAUCGCUCGCUUAAUUUGUUUUUUCCUCAAUCGGAGAGUCCUUUCUAGUCAAUCUACGUGAAUCCUAUCCAUUCCCAGCCAUCUUUGUCCUUCUUUCUUUUUGUUGGUUUCCCGUGUCGAAGUUGCUCUCAAAAUUACAUAAAACAAUCGUGAAGCUGAGCUUGUUUACCACUCUCUAUAUGCAGUUUGUUUGCGGACUUUUAGUGCAGGUCCCAAGUAAGAAUAGCAAACUGAGCGACAUUAGAGUAAACGCUGUCAUUUUGAACUUAAAACAUUUCGGAGAGUUUAUGUGAGACCUUAAGAGAGGCACAACUUCCUCACUGAAACUUGAAACUGUUAAGAAUAUCUUCCGGCUUAUUUGGAAAUUAGAAUAUUAUAGUUUUUUCACCGCAGGUGAAUAAUAUUUUGACAGGUUAUCCGUCAGAAUUGGAAAUACAUCAAAGAGCAUGCACCCGAGGUCAAAUUUGAAAUGUACCGAAAAAGACGAAGCAGGACUAAGAAUCUCCCCGAGAAAAUCCAGAAAGAGGAGACCAAGAACACACCUGUUAGCAGUGAGGAUUGCAUUGUU